CGGUUUUAACUUGAACAUUUUCUGAUUUUUCUAAUGAAAAGUCACGGCUGGUCUGAUAUCCACCCACUUGCGCCUGCUAUUGUUCUUCUGUGCGACUCGAUGAACUCGAGAAAUGAAUAGUUCAUAAUAACAUUGACACGUCGAUUCGUCAAUUAAUAAAAAGGUUAUGGAUUUAGGAGUGUAUUGUUUAUUUUAUUGUUUUUAUGCGUAAAUAAAAAUGUUCAAAAAAUUGAAAGAUAAAAUCACCGAGGAAGGUAAGAACAUUCCUCAGAUGCUACAACAGUUCGCGCAGCCAGUUACGGACAGGAUACAAAACAACAGCAACGACGAAAAUUUUUUCUCGAUAGGAGAAGACGAUUCGCAAAAUACUAGUACAAAUUUAGAAACAGGUUUCACAAAUGUAUCCUUAACUAAUUAUUCCACCCCAAUCAAUGAGUCGUUAAAAAGAAAAAAUUCGGCUUCGUCAAUUUCGAGUGAUAUAUCUUUCCUCAACAGAUACGAAUCUCCUGCAUCUACGUUUCAUUUGCAGUCAGAUGUUGAAUACUCUGCUAGCGAAUUUGAGGAUAAUGCCUCAACAGCGUCAUCGCAAAUUGGUCACCUGAGCAAAGAACAAAUUUAUUCCGCCUUCCAAAAAGCUCAGACGCGGUAUCACAAAUACAGGGGUCGCUUUACCGAUUUGACUCAUCAUUAUAAGGAAUUAGAAAGGGAAAAGGCCAAAAUGCAAUCAAUUUUGGUUGACACUCAAGACAAAGCUUUGAGAAGAAUCGCGGAAUUAAAAGAACAGUGUACUCUGGAGCAAAGUGCAAAAGCCCAUCUUGAAAACACCUUGAGAGAGGAUUUAAAUGAAAAAGAUAUCGUUAUAAAAACAUUAAAAGACAAAAUACAACUUUUACAAAAUAGUUAUCAAUCAAGUGUUCCACUGUUAGAUCUUAGCGACGACACUUCGCCCAGUUUAACGGAAAAAUCCGAUAAGCAAUCGGAUAUUACCGUUCUAACGAAAGAUUUGAAAGAAUCUCGUUCUGAAAUUGAAAAACUAAACGAAAAAAUUCAAGAAAUGAAAGCGAACGCGAUCGUCUUUCAAAGUAAAGAAUCGGACAUGAAAAAUAAAAUUUCGCAAUUAGAAAAAAGUCUGCAAGAAAAAGAGACCGAAAUAGUAGAAAUUUCGAAAAGAGAAAAAGAAAACAAUCUAAAAAUAGCCGAAACUAAAUUAGAGCUGCACGCCGAAAUACAGAGCAAAGAUGUGACCAUUGAAAAAUACAAGAACGACUUAGAAGCAUUGAAAGAUGAACUUGAUAAAGUCAACAGCGAAAGAAGUAAAAAUUUACAUUCACAAAACACGAAACUUAUCGAAAAGGUCGAAGCAUUAACUGAAAAGUGCAACAGGUAUGAAAGCGAAAUUUUAAAAAGCAAUCAAUUAAAAAUUGAAGUUAAUAGUCUUAAAGAGAUCGUUAUCGAUUUGGAAAAUAAAAAUAAAGAGUUAACAAAAAUCAAUUCCGAAAUUGAAACGAAGAAAGAGCAAUUAUUAUUAAAUUUUGAAAAAUUAAAAACCGACCACGACACGAAUAGCGAAAAACUGCAAAUGUACGAACAAUUAANGAUGUUAAAAUUCUUACGGGCAGCUACUGACAAAGAUAGUUCCCUAUCUCGCGAAGAGGAAGAAAAAGAACUGAGGGACGCCUUUAGGGUGUUUGACAAACACAACAGGGGUUACAUUACAGCUUCAGAUCUUCGGGCGGUUCUCCAAUGUCUCGGUGAAGAUCUUUCAGAGGAAGAAAUUGAAGAUAUGAUAAAAGAGGUCGACGUAGACGGUGAUGGGCGCAUCGACUUCUACGGUGAGAAACAAGCUAAAUUUACAGAAAUUAUUUUUGAUACAUUUAACAUGUUUUUAGAGUUCGUGAAUGCCCUUGGAGAACCGGGUAACGAAGACAGCGCUGACGAGGAAGAGGACGAAGGGACAAUGUUCGUGUUCAAAAAAUUGAAAGAUAAAAUCACCGAGGAAGGUAAGAACAUUCCUCAGAUGCUACAACAGUUCGCGCAGCCAGUUACGGACAGGAUACAAAACAACAGCAACGACGAAAAUUUUUUCUCGAUAGGAGAAGACGAUUCGCAAAAUACUAGUACAAAUUUAGAAACAGGUUUCACAAAUGUAUCCUUAACUAAUUAUUCCACCCCAAUCAAUGAGUCGUUAAAAAGAAAAAAUUCGGCUUCGUCAAUUUCGAGUGAUAUAUCUUUCCUCAACAGAUACGAAUCUCCUGCAUCUACGUUUCAUUUGCAGUCAGAUGUUGAAUACUCUGCUAGCGAAUUUGAGGAUAAUGCCUCAACAGCGUCAUCGCAAAUUGGUCACCUGAGCAAAGAACAAAUUUAUUCCGCCUUCCAAAAAGCUCAGACGCGGUAUCACAAAUACAGGGGUCGCUUUACCGAUUUGACUCAUCAUUAUAAGGAAUUAGAAAGGGAAAAGGCCAAAAUGCAAUCAAUUUUGGUUGACACUCAAGACAAAGCUUUGAGAAGAAUCGCGGAAUUAAAAGAACAGUGUACUCUGGAGCAAAGUGCAAAAGCCCAUCUUGAAAACACCUUGAGAGAGGAUUUAAAUGAAAAAGAUAUCGUUAUAAAAACAUUAAAAGACAAAAUACAACUUUUACAAAAUAGUUAUCAAUCAAGUGUUCCACUGUUAGAUCUUAGCGACGACACUUCGCCCAGUUUAACGGAAAAAUCCGAUAAGCAAUCGGAUAUUACCGUUCUAACGAAAGAUUUGAAAGAAUCUCGUUCUGAAAUUGAAAAACUAAACGAAAAAAUUCAAGAAAUGAAAGCGAACGCGAUCGUCUUUCAAAGUAAAGAAUCGGACAUGAAAAAUAAAAUUUCGCAAUUAGAAAAAAGUCUGCAAGAAAAAGAGACCGAAAUAGUAGAAAUUUCGAAAAGAGAAAAAGAAAACAAUCUAAAAAUAGCCGAAACUAAAUUAGAGCUGCACGCCGAAAUACAGAGCAAAGAUGUGACCAUUGAAAAAUACAAGAACGACUUAGAAGCAUUGAAAGAUGAACUUGAUAAAGUCAACAGCGAAAGAAGUAAAAAUUUACAUUCACAAAACACGAAACUUAUCGAAAAGGUCGAAGCAUUAACUGAAAAGUGCAACAGGUAUGAAAGCGAAAUUUUAAAAAGCAAUCAAUUAAAAAUUGAAGUUAAUAGUCUUAAAGAGAUCGUUAUCGAUUUGGAAAAUAAAAAUAAAGAGUUAACAAAAAUCAAUUCCGAAAUUGAAACGAAGAAAGAGCAAUUAUUAUUAAAUUUUGAAAAAUUAAAAACCGACCACGACACGAAUAGCGAAAAACUGCAAAUGUACGAACAAUUAACAGAAGCUCAAGACGAAUUAACGAAAAGUGUAACACAAGUAAGUGCACUUCAAAAUUCACUAAAGGAAAAGGAUGAUUUUAUAAGCAAAUGCAAUUUACUAGAAAAAGGAAUACGCGAAAAAACGGCUACAAUUGACAGACUCAAUUCAGAAAUAGAAGCGUUAACGACAGACAUUCAAAAACAAAAGGAAAAGUACGAAACAGAAAUAGAGACCAUAAGAGGUGAAGCAAAAGCUAGUUUAAUUUCGUUGGAAGAGAAAAUUCGAAAUAAAUUGAACGACGAAUACUUAAAUACGCAAGAAAAAUUAAAAGCCGACUUUGAGGAAAAACUGCAGAAAAUAAAUUCAAGUGGGCACACAAGCAAAGAACUAGAAAUAAAAUUAAUAGAAAAAGAGGACGAAAUAAAAACAUUAUUAUCAAAAAUCGAUUCACUGGACGAAAAUUUAAAUAAACUAAAAGAAAACUAUAAACAAUUAGAAAACAAUCACUUAGAACUGAUAUCAGAAAACACGAAAACCCAAAAGGAACUGUCUAAUCUACAAAAAGAAAAACACAAAUUAGAAAACGAAUUAGCAAAGAAUCAGGAAGAUUUAAUGCGGAAUAAAUUCGAAAACUCCGAUGUACGGAUGGUAAUUAAAAAUCUUGAAAACGAAAUUGAACAAUUGAACAGUUCUUUGACGCGCGAAAAAGAGGUUUCGACUCGAUACGAACAGGGCACGGUAGAAAUAAAAAAUGAAAACUCUAAAUUAUUAAAGGAAAUUUCAAAUUUAACAAAUCAGAUUUCAAACUUAACUCAACAAUUACAAGAUUAUCAAAACGAAAACUCGAAAUUAAAGAACGAAAUUUCAAAUCUCACUCAGAAAGUAAACGUCUUAAAUAAUGAAAAAGAAAAGCUCGAAGAAGAGCUGAAACUGAUUGAAAAUGAAUUGAAUGGCAAAGAAGCGAUGCUUAGCAAAAAAGAAUCACAAAUAUCACAAUUAGAGGAAAAAAUUAACGAAAAGUGUAAGGAAGUAGAAUUUUUGAAGCAAAACGAAAAAGGCCAGCAAGAAGGAGCAGCAUCGCUUCAAAAAAUUCUUGAAGAAAAAGAAAAUCAAAUAGAAACAAUAUUAAAAGAAAAAGGUAAAAAUAUAUCUGACAUUAAAAAGGAGAUAAAACUGUUACAUGGAAAUCUGAAAAGUAAACAAGAAGAAUUGAAUAAUGUUGUAUCAAAAAAGGACGAGUUUGAAAAGUUACUAAACGAUUCAUCAACAAAAGCGAAAAUUUGUGAAAAACGCGCAGAAGCUUUAACUAAAGAAAAUGAAGCUAAUAAAAAGGAGAUCGAAAUAAUUUCUGAGCAAGUAAUAGAACUCGAAAGCAAAAUAAAAACCUUAGAAAAUGAUAAUGUAAAACUGAAAGAGCUAAACUUGGAACUUGCUGAGGCAAACGCUAAAUUAUUUCAACAAAAUAAUACCACGUUAAAUGAUAAUUCUAAUCUUAGAUCAGAAAAAGCAAGUUUAAAUGAAAGUUUUAAAAAUAAAAUUACACAAUCAGAAGCGACAAUUUCAAAUCUACAAGAACAAAUAAACAAUCUACAGUUAAAAAUGGACGAUGUAAAAAGAGAAAAUAUAAAACUAGUUCAAGAAAACGAAAAACUGGUGUCCAAUGCAACACAAUUUAAUAUAGAACGCGAAUCUUUUAAGCAAGAAGUAGCACGAUUAAUGGCAAUGGCAGAAAAAGAAAAGUCCGCAUUACUGGAGCAAAUUUCACAGCUACACUCUCAAAUCCAAAAAAUUACAUCUAAAAAUGACGAAUUAGAAAAUUCUCUACGCAAUUCCGCAAAAACAAAUAAAGAACAAUUAAGUAUUUUAAACAAUAUUAAAGAACUGGAAGAAAAAUACGUAAAAUGCCAAAACGAAAUCGAAGAACUUACGCAAAGAAAUAAAAAACUAACUUUAGACUACAAUCACGUUUACGAAGAUUACGAGCGAGCUUUAGGCGAACUUGAGGAGCUCAAAAUUAAAACUGGUUCAAAUGAAAACGCGGAAGCCGAAUGGAAAAUAAUGCAAACGCAACUGACAGAAGAAAUAGACAAUAUUACAAAAGAAUUGACGGUAUCAAAGGAAAAAAUAUCAGUUUUAGAACUUGAACUGGCAAAUGCGCGCACUCAAACCGAAAAUUUGGAAACAGAGUUACAAUUAACUAGGACCGAAUCUACUAAAUUACAAACUGAACUGCAAAAGGCCAAUUCUCACGAAAUCGACGCUAAAGUUGACGAUAUCAAUAAAAUAAAGAACUUAGAGAAUGAACACAAAUCGAUCAAAAAUACGUUAAAACAACUCGAAGAAGAGCGCGAUCGUUCGGAACAAGACAAUAAAAGAUUGGAGGCGCAACUUAGGGAAAUGGAUCAUCAUCUUAGCGAGAUGUCGCACGAAAAUCAAUUGCUCAAAGACGAGAUACAAGAAUUAAAAAUAUCGCCUCUAAAUUUCAAUAACAAAGACAAGUUCGACAAUCUUUCAAUACUCGAAACUGAAAGGCAACUAAACAGGGGAAAAGUUGAACAAGAUAACCAUCUAAACGACAAACAAAAAGAAAUCGAAUGUUUACAAAAUAAAUUGACUCAGUACGAGUCUUUAGAAAUAACAAAUCGCAGUUCAAUUCAUUUUUACGAGGAAGAAUUGCAAAAAUUAAAAUCGAAAAAUGAGAAACUAAACAGAACACUUGACGAAACUCUGGUCACUCUGAAUCAUAUGAGUGAAUUGCAAAAUUCGACUGAAUUGGAAUAUCUUAAAAACGUUCUUUACAAUUACAUGUUGGGAAAGGAAAGCAUGGUGUUAGCAAGGGUUAUAGCAGCCGUUUGUAAGUUUGAUCGAAACCAAACGGAAGCAGUGUUACAAAAGGAACAACAAAAGCAAAGUCUGGUGAGUCCUGUUAAUUUUCAUAAAACCGAACAGCUAAUCUUUAAUUUAAUCUUCUGUGCGACCGAUUUAUGAUUAAAUUAAUUAGCAUACACGUAUUCUAAAUAUCUGCGCUUUAUUGUUUG